AUGGACCCCGUACCAGGCAACCAGUCUCUCGAUCUCUUUCGUGAUCGGGUCGGAAUUCACCGGCGUGAUGCCGAGACGGAUCUUUUUUAUCCUCAAGUGAUCAGGAAACUCAGAAAGCACAGAUUUCGCUAUCGUGCUUCUUAUUCGGUAGACCUGAUUCUAUCGGUAUUUCAAAUAGUCAUUGGCGUGGCUGUGACAGUUCUUACACCCACAGACAAUCACCGGACGGCCGUUACAAUCCUAGAUGGAUUCAACGCAAGUCUUGCCGCCAUUAUCUCCACGCUGAAAGCUUUGAAGUGGUCGGAAGACUACAAGUCAAGCACUAAUCAACUGGAGAACACGAAAUAUUACAUUGAGGCGAAGGACCUAGACAUUGUCUAUAAUGAGGGUGAAUAUGAUUUACCUCGCAUUGCUGCUGUUGAGAAAGAAGGCAACUGA